UAGAGGCAGAGGAAUGGUGUAAACAUCUUUGCAUGGAGUGUCUAGGAACCAGGCUCAAUGAUAUAAGUCUUGGGGAACCAGAUUUGCUUGCUGCUGGAGUUCAGAGAGAACAAAAUGAACGGUUCAAUGUAUAUCUUAUGCCUACACCAAAUUUAGAUAUCUAUGGGGAAUGUACAAUGCAGAUCACACAUGAAAACAUCUAUCUCUGGGACAUCCACAAUGCCAAGGUCAAGCUGGUCAUGUGGCCUCUGAGCUCUUUGAGGAGAUAUGGACGUGAUUCAACAUGGUUCACAUUUGAAUCUGGAAGGAUGUGUGACACAGGAGAAGGACUGUUCACCUUUCAGACACGAGAAGGGGAAAUGAUAUAUCAGAAAGUCCAUUCUGCGACACUGGCAAUAGCAGAGCAACAUGAAAGAUUAAUGAUGGAGAUGGAGCAGAAGGCACGG